AUUUCGUUUGUGUUGACUCUGGAUAUUUGUUGAUUAAAUUGCUAGAAAUGGAACUUAACAUUUAUUAAUUGUAAUUUUUUUUACAGCUCCAUCUGUUGGACUCUCUGAAGCUAGGCGGGUUGCACACAAAGAGCAUUCCUAGCUGCCGGUUUUGGUGGAAGCAAACUGUCGAGAGGGCAGCCUUAUCUAUCCCCUUAGUCAGGGGAAGAUAUGACCUAGCUGCCGCUCUGCUGAGUAGGGAAGAAGCCGCCUCUCGCAGGCAGCUCGAGCCGGCAGCUAGUGCAGCAGCUGCGAGCAGUUCAGCUCCUCCUCCAGAUCGUGCACCGUUGCCCUCCUCGGAAUGGUGGGAGAAUGAAGAUUUAACUAGCCUUUCGCUGGGACAGCUCAAGGUACUAGGUGCUGGGAUUGACCGGCAUAUGGGAAAAUUGCUGGAUUUUGCAACAAAACUGGGUGAGCUGAUAGAAAAGAAGGAAGACCGAGUGGAGAAUACUGUUGAAGAGGUGCUAGAGCAGCUUCAAACAGAUGUGGUGGAAGACCAAGUGGAGAAACCUGAAGCUAAGAACACUGUAGAGAAGGACCAGGUCGAGCCACAAGUGGAGAAUGAAGCUGAUAACACUGUAGAGACACCGGAUGAGGAGUUGGUUGUUCCGACAGUCCCUAUGGUGAUUCACUACCCAUUCCCAGAUACAUCUUUUGAGGACAUUUUGCAGAUAGCUCAUGAGGCUACUAGCGCUGCUAAUGCCGAGGAAGUUGAGCCUCAACAAGAUGUGGUGGAGUCGUUCUCUCAACUUGCUUCCACCGGAAUGUUGCCUUCAGAGGAGGAGUUGGUAGAAGCGGCUUAUAGGAGCGCUGAGAGGAGUCCUGAUGUGAUUAUCACCGAUCAGAGGGAUAUGACUGAUGAGGAGAGGGACCGUCUCUACAGCUACACUCCUGAGGAAUGGCUUGCAACACUGAAGACCCCAGAGUUCGAGAGGUCGAAGAAGAACCCAUAUGCUUCCUCUUCAGUGUAUUAUUUGUCUAAGGAUGUGUCGCCAAAGCUCGACCCAGUUGCUCGUCUGAUGGUUGAGUUCGUGUUCAGUACCCCUGAGGGUAAGGGCUUGGUGGUGCACACUCCUUCAAUUAUUCUCGCUCGUCUUCAUCUGUUGACAUUGAAGCGAAAGGAGUGGGUCAAUCUACAAGUGAUUGAGGCUUAUGGUCAUUUCUUGAACGACAAAGUACUUGCCGGUGACAAGAACAAAGUUAUCUUUCCGUUCAGUUUUGAUGAGUCAGAAGACUUUCCUUCUGGACAGCCAGAAACCCAAGCCAGCAGUGGCCAAGGUGGAUCACUCUCCCAUGGGGAAAUUGAUAUUUGA